CCUCGAGGUGGGUGGGAGGGGUGGGAGUCAAAGUUACCGGCUUGGGAACCGGUGGCCACAGCUAUGGAGCUGGGCCCCGCCGUGUCCCCCGGGCCUUCCCGCUCCUUCAAGGAGGAGCUGCUCUGUGCCGUCUGCUACGAUCCCUUCCGCGAUGCCGUGACUCUGCGCUGCGGCCACAACUUCUGCCGCGGGUGCGUGACCCGCUGCUGGGAGGUGCAGGUGACGCCCACCUGCCCGGUGUGCAAGGACCGCGCGGCCCUCGCCGACCUGCGCACUAACCACACCCUCAACAACCUGGUAGAGAAACUGCUGCGCGAGGAGUCCGAGGGCGCGCGCUGGGCGGGCCACCGAUCCCCGCGCCUCUGCCGCCUGCACCGCGGCCAGUUCAGCCUCUUCUGCCUCGACGACAAGGAGCUGCUGUGCUGCUCGUGCCAGGCCGACUCCCGGCACCAGGGGCACCGCGUGCAGCCAGUGAAAGACACUGCCCACGACUUUCGGGCCAAGUGCAGGAACAUGGAGCAUGCGCUGAGGGAGAAAGCCAAGGCCUUCUGGGCUGUGCGGCGCUCCUAUGAGGCCAUCGCCAAGCAUAAUCAGGUGGAGGCUGCCUGGCUGGAAGGGCGAAUCCGGCAGGAGUUCGACAAGCUUCGCGAGUUCCUGAGAGUGGAGGAGCAAGCCAUCCUGGAUGCCAUGGCCGAGGAGGCGAGGGAGAAGCAGCGUCUGGCUGAAGGGAAGAUGAAGCGGCUGGCAGAGGACACAGAGGCUCUGGCCCAUGAGAUUGAGCGGCUGCAGGUGGAAAUGAAGGAGGAUGACGUUUCCUUUCUCAUGAAACACAAAAGCCGAAAACGCCGCCUCUUCUGCACCAUGGAGCCAGAGCCCGUCCAGCCCGGGAUGCUCAUCGACGUCUGCAAGUACCUGGAUUCCCUGCAGUACCGCGUCUGGAGGAAGAUGGUCACGUCCGUUGAAUCUGUGCCUUUCAGCUUCGAUCCCAAUACCGCGGCCGGCUGGCUCUCGGUGUCCAAUGACCUCACCAGCGUCACCAACCAUGGCUACCGCGUGCAGGUGGAGAACCCGGAGCGCUUCUCCUCAGCGCCGUGCCUGCUGGGCUCCCGCGUCUUCUCGCAGGGCUCCCACACCUGGGAGGUGGACCUGGGGGGGCUGCCCAGCUGGCGGGUGGGUGUGAUGCGGCUGCAGCAGGACGCCGGCGCCGAAGGCCACUCGCACAGCUGCUACCACGACACCCGCUCGGGCUUCUGGUACGUGUGCCGCACGCAGGGCGUGGAGGGAGACCACUGUGUGACCUCGGACCCGGCCACGUCAGCCCUGGUCCCGGCCAUCCCCCGCCGCCUGCGCGUAGAGCUGGAGUGUGAGGAGGGCGAGCUGUCUUUCUACGACGCUGAGAGCCACUGCCACCUCUACACCUUCCACGCCCGCUUCGGGGAGGUGCGGCCCUACUUCUACCUGGGGGGCAUGCGUGGGGACGGGCCUGCCGAGCCUCUGCGCAUCUGCCCCCUGCGGAUCACGGUCAAGGAGGAGCUGGAUGGCUGAGGUUGGCCCCGAGCCGAAUGGAUGCUGCCUGGGACCGGGUCCGUGGUCCUGCUCUCUUUCUGCCCUUCCUCAGUCCACGUUCACCUCAGUACCUCUGAACCGACUGCCUCUGCCAGCAUCUUCCUGCUGACCUGUCUUGUCCUAUUCCUAUGGCUCCAGGCCCCAGACCUUCUCCUUCAUUUCUGGUCCCUUCUCUGCCCACGGUUAAAAGUCAUCCAGGAGACCCCUCACUCCCCAGAGGCAUGGCACCUUCAGGAUGUGAAUUUUCUAAACCCUAAUGCCAGGAUUUCUGGGGAUGACAUUUGCUUCUAGAAUGGGCCUGUUUUUUAAAAAAAAAAAAAUUUUUAAUGUUUAUUUUUGAGACAGAGCGUGAGCAGGGGAGGGGCAGAGAGAGAGGGAGACACAGACCCCGAAGCAAGCUCCAGGCUCUGAGCUGUCCGCACAGAGCCUGACGCAGGGCGGGCCCAAACCCACGCACUGAACCCGCAAGAUCAUGACCUGAGCUGAAGUCCAAGGCUUAACCGACUGAGCCACCCAGGCGCCCCUAGAAUGGGCCCGUUUUAAAACGUAGGUUUUAUUAUCCAGGUAUGGCAAGGCCAGUGGACCUGGAGAGGGCCGCAGUUGAAAAGAGAUUGUUAUUUACAGCUCCCAAGAGGAGGGCCCCACCGCACCUUUGGGAGUAGCCACACAGGGCAGCGUCAGGGGAAGCAUCAGGGUCUGUGAGGAGGCAGGGGGAGUUGAGGAAGCACAGGUUGGAGACUUUAUUGUGGUUUCAGCGAUAGGAACAGGUGGGGCAGGGCUCUGGGUAGACGGGUUUGAGAUCUAGUUCGAAUCAUUUUGGCAGGCUCUGGGACAUAGGGGCUGUCCCCAGUUGUCAGGGAUGAUCCAGAGGGGAACCUUGGCCCCCAGUGUGAGAGCCAGGUAAAGGAAGUGGUUGGGGGUAUAGCUCAGGAUGGGUUGGUUUGCAUAUGAAAGGCGUGCUCACCGGGGAGUUGAUUGCUUUCUCCUGGGAGGAACUGGUUCCCCAGGCCCGUGAGGCCCCAGAUGCCAGAGCCUCAAGAAUACCGAAAAUAAGAAAAUAUAGUUCAUUCAGGGCUGCUGCUGUGGCUUUGGGGCAGGACCUGGGCUCAACUUGUCUAUCACUUUAUACCAGUAUUUUAAAACUGCUCCCCAGGAUCCCCUGUGGUCCCCUUGGGGAAUAGGCAAGGCUGCCCAUCAGAUUAGCUCUGAUUUAUCUAUUUGCACUUCUUGGACUAUUUCACUUAAAAAACACUUUUUUUUUUACAUUUUAGCCUUAAAAAGUGACUUAUACAAUGCAAGUGGAAAAAACCCCACAAUUUGAAAAAGCACAGUUUAGACCCGUUCCUUCUCUGGGCUUCAGUUUCCUCAUCUGGGGUUGAGAUAGGAGGACUGGGAAAUUAUGUCCUGUGAUUGCUGUGGAAGAAACAGCUCUGAUUCGUCCUCAUAAAGUAAUGAGGGACCCCUUUCAUUCAGGUCUGGGGUGAGAAGGGCGGGAGAUGGCCUCGCUUGGCCUUUGCUGCCCUCCCUGGCCUCAGCUGCUUGUCUUACACCCUGUCGCCUUUCGUGUUAUCAUCCUGAUUGCUUCUGCCCCCUUUCAAUUCCUGUCGUGCCUACAAACUUGCACCUCCAUCUUCCUCCUUGCUCAUGCCUGCAGAUAAAUGUUGAUUGUCCGCUUGCCCUGUCCCAGGAAACGGCGUGGUAGGAGGAAAUACUGUCCCGUGGGGGUGGUGGUCUAAUCAGGGGGCACGUUCCCGACCGAGGACUCGAGUUCUUUCUAACCCCUGUGCCCCCACCUCACAGAAAUGGGCUUUUAAAACAGAAAUGACGACUCAAAAC